AUGGGUAAAAAUAACCGACAUAAGAAAAAUAUAAAAUCAGAAAAAUCAAAGGUUAAAUUAAAGCAAGCGAAGGCAAAAUUGUUACCCAAAGGACAAAAUAUUACUGAUACGACGUUUAAAGUUAAAAAAAUAGUAAUUAGAGAACAAUUAAAGGAACAUGAUCAAUCUGAAAUUUUGAGUCGAAGAAAAUUAAAUGUUAAGGAUUUACUGACCCGUUUUCACCAUCACAACUCGUCAGUCCGACAGGAAGCAAUAAAAGAACUGGACGACAUUCUUAAGAACCACCCAUCUGAAAUACUUAAUUCAAAUUUAAGUACAAUAUUACAAGGACUGGGUGCAUUAGUACUCGACAGAGAACAAGAUAUUCGGCGCGAUACCUUAAAGACAAUAUCUUUGAUUCUGGGAUCCAUAAAACCCGAAUAUCUGGCUCCGUUUUCAGGAACUUUAAUUUCCUACUUAUGCUGUGCGAUGACUCACAUAACACCCGCAAUAAAAGAAGACUCGCUAAAUUUCCUAGACAUAAUUGUCGAAAAAUCAUGUCACUUGAUUGCAAAAAAUUCACAAAAAAUACUUUCACUCUUCUUGGACUUUAUUUCGAAAAACCAAACUCAAUCGAAUCGUCAACUCUCAACAACAUUGAGCUCGAAGCUAACGACUGUUAAAUGGAGAAACAAAGUGUUUGAUCGUUUGUCCAGUAUUUUUAGCACCAUCAUCAACGAUAUUCGCUUGAGGUAUUACUCUCAGGAAGAUUCUAUGGAAGAAAAAAAAAUUAAUAUCCAGGAGAAGACUUUUUACCUACCUCUUUACAAAAAUGAUACUAAGUUGUUUCAUAUUAAUUUUGAUAACAAUUGCAAUGAUCUGAUAAGUAAAAAAUACAAUUCUGAAUUUUAUGAAUUCAUAAAGUACAUCGAUGUCUUGAUGCCAUUGAUAUUUGAGAGCUGGGUUGAAGUUAGACCUCAAGAAACGUCCGGUGAAAAUAGUUCUUUGAUUUCAAAUGACACCAAGGAUUUUUUGACGUCUAUUACGUCCAUAAUGCAAUUGAUCAUCCAGUUUAUUGACAUCGUAAAACCGAAAAUAGACGACGCAAAUAUUGCUCUUGACUUCUGCAAUAAAUAUAAAAAUAAUAUAUCGAAAUAUUUCAUGAACAGCUUUCCUUACUCUUUCAAAGCUGUCCAAAUUGUUGCUGAUAAAAAGACUGCCGCCACCAAAAGACAGAAUGAUUUUGAGUCAGCAGUAAUUAACACUCGCAAUAGGAAUUGCUUAGAGCAAAAUUUGGCUCUCAGCUAUAUUUACAUGUGGAUUGUUUCGUAUAGUCAGACUAAUAGAUUAAAUGAAAUCAGUAAACAAAAUUGUCAGAAGAUUGUUCAGUUUGUUAAUGAUUCCCUGAAUUAUUGGUAUAACGAUCCGUCUAUUGUCUCACAGUUAAUAAAACUUGUCCGGUUGAUACUUAUUAAUUGCAGUAAAAUUUUAUACAAAAGUGGUGUUAAUUUAGAAUCAACUGUACGAGCGAUAAUUGCUACGAGUCUCAAAGACUCAACGCUGCUAGUUAAUAUUAAAUUGUUCAAAAUAUUUGGUGAUAUUUUGUUGGAUCAACAGAAUGAAAUUAACCAUGAUAGUAAUUUUAUACAGUUUAUAAAAAGCUUACCUGACAUGUUGUUGAAAGAAAGUAUUCACGAUGACAUCAUUAAAAUGAUAAAUCAAGUUGUUUUGAAAUAUCGGCAAUGGGUACGUGUUGGACUUGAAAAUAAUCACACCAGUAUUUUAGACAACGCGAAAAAAAUACAGAUAAUUGGUGCUGAUAAUGAAAAAGAUUCACGUUUAAUGAUUUGUAAUCUAUUUUAUUUUAUGGAUGGCCAACUUUAUUAUUGA